AAACGUGCGAUUCUUUUGCGACAAUUCAAACAUUGAGAAUAAAGUCAACGUAAUUUAAGUUUAAUAUCAAAUUUUUAUUGAUUGGAAAUCCAGUGAUUCCUCAUUUAAUUAAUUGUAAUUUGUUCGUUAUUGUCACACAAGCCAUAGGCUUGUAGAUUGGGUGUAUUUGCGUUUGCCGCUAGAACACAGUGUGUACACACUGGCGCGCACACACACUUGCCGACAAACGUACAUAGCCAUUCAGACUGCGGACUGCAGCGAAUUCGCUCAUUUGAAAAAAAUAAAACAUGGCUGGAAGAGGUGGUUAUGAACACGCUAGAGGUGGAUAUGGAGGCGAGCGCCAUGCCAAGCAAUUGCCCACUGAACCGCCUUUUAUUGCCUACGUUGGCAACCUGCCUCAGGGACUGGUGCAGGGCGAUGUCAUCAAAAUAUUUCAAGACUUUGAGGUGAAGAAUGUGCGUUUGGUAAAGGACCGGGAGACCGAUCAGUUUAAAGGCUUCUGCUAUGUGGAGUUCGAGACACUGGACAAUCUGGAGCGCGCGCUUGAGUGUGAUGGUCGCAUAAAGCUGGACGAUUUGUCGGCUCCGUUGAGAAUAGAUAUAGCCGAUCGGAGGAAAAAUGAACGUCCCGGGGGCGGCAUUGGUGGCGGCAACGGCGGCGGAAUCGGUCGCGAUGGUGGUCGCGAUGGCUUCCAGAAACGCGGACCACCGCGGCAAGGUGGCAGCAGUCAAUCUUACAGCCGUGGUGGCGGCCGCGAGGGUGGCGGCGGCUCUGGUAAUCGCGGCGAUAGUAGAGGUUCGUACAAUGAUAAUUAUGGUGGUCACAGUGAUAGAAGUCGUGGCGGCGGCGGCUCCGGCGGCGGUGGCAUGAAUAGAGGAUACAAUGAUCGUCCUGCGAACCGAGGCCGUUACGGCAACUUCAACAACGACGAGCGUUUCGAACGCAAUCAUGAUCGCGGCCAGCGCGAGGGCAGUUAUGGCAAUCAAUCACGCGAUGGAAACGACCGCUAUAACAAUUUCAGCCGGCAUCGCGACCGCGAGCGUGGCCACUACAAUCCUAACCAGCAGCCAGAGCGACCAGGAGCCGCUCCUUUGGGCAGUAUAGGUGGUGCAGAUGACACCGAAAGGCCACGCCUUCAGCUCAAACCCCGAACCAUAGCAGCCCCCAUUAACGCGGUGGCUGAGACCAAACAAUCGGCAUCUAUAUUCGGCAAUGCCAAGCCACGUGAGGAGAAGCUUAAGGAACUGCAACAGAAUAUCAAUCAUAAUGGCGACAACUAGAGCGGGAUGGCCCGUAUCUAUGCGCAUAUAUAUUAUAAUAUAUGUAUUGUACAUGAUGAUGACUUAUUAUGCUCUAGCUGACGUGCUAUGUGUAUGUAAGAGCAGCAUGCAUACAUAACAUAUAUGAAGAACACAUAAAUUAAUAUAUAUAUAAAUAUAUAAACACUAUAUACACAACACACACACAUAAUACAUAAAAACAUAUGUACUAAAAAAGCAAAAAACAAAAAAAAAAUCAACUAGCUCUGACGUCCGCCGGUAAGCAAAGUAGUUGAAAAAAAAAAAACCCAGACAACUUACUCUGUGCGCGUGUUGUAACAAAAACAGAAAAAUACAAAAAAAAAAGAAGGAAGGAAGGAAGAAAAAAAAAUGGAAAUGCUAUAAAAAUUUAACAAAAAUAAUGAAAAGUCUAUAUAUGUAUGUUAGCCUGUAAGCAGCGGUAAAAGUAGUCUCGUGCAUAUGUAGAGCUACUAUAUACACGUGUAUAGAUGCACAUACCGUGUAUAUGCGUGUGUAUAGUUGGAGCCCUCUAUGUGCACGCUGCUAUUUGUUAGAUAAGUAAUGCAUAUGUAAACCAACAAAAAACAACAAAAUGUUCUAUCAUUAAGCCUAACGUAAACAAAAGAAACAAAACACAAAAGAAAAACUAUAAAAAAAUGCGAAAAACGAAAACUUAAAAUUUUGACAAGCGUUUGGCGAGCAGGCAGGCAGGCGGCAGGCAAUUUAUACAGAAUUAUUAUAGAAAAACAAAACACAAAUGAAACCAAUAAGCAAAAAAAGAAACACCAACUAUGUACGUAUUACAAACACAAUAAUAAUAAUUAUAACGAAAACAAAAACAGCUACAAAAACAGAAACAGCAGCAACAAACAGAAACUGAUCUACUUAUAUACAACAUACAAAAAGAAAGAUGAACAAAUGGUAAAGUUUGUAUAUCUGUAUUUGUAAAACGGUGUAAUCCAAGCAAAAGUCUAAGUCGCGAAACAAUAUGACAAAACUACAAAUGUAUUUGUAAUAUUUUUUUUUGAAUUUUUUUUGUUAAUACAUACAUAUAUAGUUAACAUUAUGAUUUUUUUCUCUCCAACCACUUAGCAUGCAUGCGUCGCUAAAAAACAAGAUAUAUAUACACAUACUACACAUAUAUAUAUAUCUAAAUCUAUAACUUAAGCACAGAGCGUUGACAAGAGCAUAAUUAUGAUAUUUUGUAUAGAAGAUAUACAUAUAUAUGUCUGUAUGUAUGUAUGUAAUUUUGAAAAUACGCAAGCUACGUAAUUAAAAAGGAAAUUUGUAUAAUUAUUAAUUGUUUGUUCAUUCGGCUAAUUAAAUAGGAGCGACCAGCAUACAGCUUACGCAAAAUAUAUUGAUUGUAAUUACGUAACAUUUUUCUCGUAACGUUUUCUUAUAUUUUCGGCAUUGAUGAUGACGCGCGAAAGCCUGUAUAUUAAAUUUGAAAAUAAAGCAAAAUCCUUUACGUAAGAGAA